UGUCCGCGUUCACUUCCGGUAUGUUUUUGUUGUCACACAGGCAGUAAAGUUGUUGGCGUUGAGGCAGCUUCUGUACUCACUACAGUCUCCUGUUUUUAAACAUACAGAUAAACAUAAUGAUUUUAUUAACCGUGAGAAUGUCGUAAAAGCAGCAUAAAUAAAGACCUUCUCAUCAAUGGCCACCCUGUGGUCAAAGAUCUCCGCUGUCCUGCCUCAUAAUGAGGAACAGUUUCCACUGCAGUUCAGCGACAAAGUGGAGUCAAGUGUGGUGGAAAUGCUGAAACAGUCCAGGCAGCAGCUGUACAGCAAUGCCACAAGCGCCAGCCGAAUGCUUAAUGCUCAGAUCAUUAUGGAUUUUUCAUGGGAGAAACUCAACACGGGCACAUGGCGCCAUGUGGACAAAGAAUGGAGACGUGUAUAUUCGUACGGCUGCCUGUUCAAAGUGGCCGCUCUGUGUCGCGAAGAGCCGUCAGCAGACCAGGUCCUGCAGGCUGUGAGGACUUGUGACAUGGGUUUACUCAUGGGAGCAGCCAUCAUGGAUAAUAUACUUCAGGUUGUUGUCCGGAUUCUGCAAGGUGACGUCAAGAAAAUCAAUAAAGGAGAUGAAGAAAGUGAACACACUGAGGUCAAGAGAAUAAAGAUCGAGUGCCAUCGUGUUCCGGCGAUUAAAGACGACUUGGCAGUUCCCAGGAUAAAGUGUCCUUCGCUGGAGAGCUUCAACACAAACUACCUGCUCCCCCUCAAACCAGUGAUUUUAGAGGGGAUCAUUGAGCACUGGCCCGCCCUCAACCAACACCCCUGGAGCAUAGAAUACUUGAGGUCUGUUGCUGGCUGUCGGACUGUUCCCGUCGAGGUGGGAUCCAGGUACACAGACGAGGAAUGGUCGCAGACACUGCUGACGGUCAAUGAAUUCAUCGAUCGAUACAUUAUAAAUAAAGAUGGAGGGAAAGGUUUGGGUUACCUCGCUCAACACCAGCUUUUUGAUCAGAUACCAGAGCUGAAGGAAGACAUCCGCCCUCCUGAUUACUGCUGCCUCGGUGAAGGAGACGAAGAUGACAUCACUGUGAACGCGUGGUUCGGGCCCAGAGGUACAGUGUCCCCUCUUCACCAGGACCCUCAGCAGAACUUCUUGGCUCAGGUGGUGGGAAGCAAAUACAUUCGCCUAUAUUCCCCGGAGGACACAGACAAGCUGUACCCUCAUCAAUCACAGCUCCUUCACAACACCAGUCAGGUGGAGGUGGAGAAUCCCGACACAGAGCGAUUCCCGGAGUUUGCCGAGGCUCCGUACCUUGAAUGUGUGUUACAGCCGGGAGACGUGCUGUUCAUCCCGGUCCGGCACUGGCAUUACGUCCGAUCCUUAGAGCUCAGCUUCUCCGUCAGCUUCUGGUGGUCAUGACUACUUGAUAAUAAAAGUUAUUUUUGUCGAAUAAAAA